AUGAAAUUAAUGUUCUUAAACUUGUUAUUUUUGCGCACUCUUUUCCGUCCUGUGUGUCCGAAAGAGGAAUUCACCCUUUAUGGCAAUAAAGGGGUCAUAACUGUGGCCUUUGAAACAAAGCCAAACUUUUUUCAAGGAAGUGUCCUGGCUUCCCGAACAAACCACUUCCUCAGAAAAUAUGAUCUGCCCUCAUGCUGGGAUGUUUGUUUAGAUGGCAUAACAGGAUGCUGAAAACUGGUUCUCAGCUCACACCAUGGAAAGAUUUGCACCAUAGUUUUCCUGCUUGACUGGGACUGUUUUUCCUAUUGGUCCUCACCUACAAUUCAAACUUCAACACGAUUUAUCAAACUAUAUAAUCAUGUAGUAGGAAUUCAACCAAAUUGGGACGAGGGAGUUCAUGCAUAUGAGACUUUUUUUUUUUACUUUUCUUGUACUUCUUAGUGCCUUCAGACCAUAACAAGAGUAGAGAGACGUCCAUGAUGUGUGAACAAUGUCCACAGUGCCUCAGACAUGUGCUUCCAUGUUUUCCACACAACUCUGACACAAACUCCUCUUACAGGCUCGUUUCUCAGCACGAACAUUAUUUCACUGGGAUGGCUUUAUACAAUUGAUAGACUGCAAAAUAUGUUUAAUAGUUAAAACCGUCAUCGAGCGCUACCGACGCCGCCCCACGCCUUCAGGCGCGCUCCACUACAUUAAAAAACCGCGUUUAAUAAAGUAGCUGUAGCCCUGCCUUUCUCAGCACCGAUUGGCUCUACCCCACUCCAGAGAAAAUGUUAUUGGCUCAAAAGCCUGUCACUCAGUACACCUUCAGGUUGUCUUGGAAGACAUCCGAGGCCGGGGCUAAAGAUAAGUGGAUGCUGGGACCGAUGCGGAACUGCCCGCAGGGAAUAUUGCACACGGAACAGUUAAAACCCGGGGGAAAUGAUCUAGAAGCAGUGGUAAGGAGCACUUGAAUACUCUUGAAGAAGGAAGCGCGCGAGCAGCUGUUAUGAUUGGACGACAGUAAGACGUCGUUCGGCGAGCCGCCGGUCGCUAUUUUGUCCGUAAACAUGGAUGGAGCGCGUUCCUGAAAGUUUGGCUUCACGGUGACCCGGCGACGGUGCGAGGACGAGCAGCUGUCUGGAAGGGAUAGAGAGUUGGAUUGAAACCACAUGGAGGACUUGCAAGCAAUGUUUAAAAUCAGUGAAGAAAAGUACAUUACAAGGUCUGACAUGCUGUCCCUGCUGAAAACUUAUAACUGUUACCACGAAGGCAAGAAUUUCCAGCUGCGCUGUCGAGAGGAAGACGGUCAGCUAAUCAUGGAAGGCCUGCUUAGCAUCUCUUGGGGCCUGAGGAGGCCAAUCCGCCUGCAGAUGCAGGACGACAAUGAGCGCUUCCACCAUCCAAGCGCCACGCCUUUCAGCGGGGAGAAGACGCAAAACAGCCUUCAAAACCAGACAUGUAUGGAAUCUAACAACAACUCCUCUGAAAAGAUAUCCCCUCACACAAGCCAGGAUGUGAAUCCCUCAGAGGAGGAGACACCCCAGCUGAUGAGGACCAGGAGUGAUGCAAGCUUCAUGAGGACCCAGAGGAGGUCUCGGCUAAACAGCCCAGGAGACACACUGCGGAUCAGGAGGCAUCGCUUCUCCAUAAAUGGUCAUUUCUACAACCAUAAGACCUCAGUCUUCACCCCCGCGUAUGGCUCAGUCACCAACGUCCGCGUCAACAGCACCAUGACCACACAACAAGUCCUUCAACUACUCCUCAAUAAAUUUCGUGUGGAGAAUAAAUUGGAUGAAUUUGCUCUGUACAUGGUGCAUGAAUCUGGAGAGAGAACAAGACUAAAAUGCACGGAUUACCCAUUGAUUUCUCGUUUACUCUAUGGCCCUUGUGAAAAAAUAGCCAAGAUAUUCCUGAUGGAAAGGGAUCUGGGCGAAGAGGUUACUUGUGAUGUUGCACAGUACAUAAAGUUCGAAAUACCUGUGUUGGAUAGCUUUGUUGAAAAACUGAAGGAAGAGGAGGAGAGAGAAAUUUCAAAGCUGACAAGGAAAUACAGUACCCUGAAGUCCAUGAUCAUGCAGCGACUCAAGGACAUCUCUGAGACCUCUGGCCACUCGUGAGAAGAUGCCAAGCAAUAUUUGAAAAGAUGAAGCUGUAAAUCCAGCAUUUAAAACCGUUUGUCCCAAAACAUACUCUUAAAAACCCUUUAAAAUCAAGAAAGGCACCAGCAUUGUUCACAAAUAUUUGUCUUCUCAAAACUGUGAGAACCACAGCACUGCAAAGAAAAUGUGACCUUUUAUACAUAAGUGACAUAUAGUUAUAAUUACAAAAGCAUCUGACUCCAGAUUUUUUAAAUGGGUCAUAUUUAAGGACCCCUUACUACAGCUAUCUUCUGGAAAUAUGAGGCAAAAGGGAAAGGAUCUGUUUUGCUGUUGCCUUCUUUCAUGCAUGUCUGCGGGGUGCAAACGGAGGAAAACAUGCAAACGGCAUACACCCUGAGCUGGACUCAAACUUCACACCUACCAUCCAGCUCAGGAGCUGUGAAGAACCAGCUUAAACUACGGGCAACCACACACGCUGUCUGAAACCGCUUGUCCCAAGUGGGGUCGUGCCAAGCCAGAGCCUAUCCCAGCAA